AUGUUAAAAGGAAAUUAACUUAAUGGAAUUCCAUAAAAUAGUAGCAAAAACUUGAUUAAUAAUUCUACUUAAUCAAAUGGAUAAUCUUUAAGCAAUAGAUUUGGUAAUUCUUAUGUAAUUGAAUGUGAGAGAAAAGAUUGUAUGAUAGUAAAAUUACAUGGAAUACAGAUGCAACAUUAAUUACUUCUUUUAUAAAAAGAUUUAGAUAAAUAUAAAGCAUUAUAUAUGAAUGAAAGAAAGAAAAUAAAUGAUACAUAUAAUGAAGUUGAAGAAAUUAUGGAAGCUCUUUAAAAAAAAGAAAAAGAUAUUAAAAUUAAAGAGAUAAAACUUUUAGAAUUUGAAUAAACUUUAUUAAAAAAGAAUCAGAAAAAUGAUAGCUUAAACGAAACUUUAAAAAUUUUAAAGAAAAAUUUAAUUGAUAAGGAAUCUUAAUUGGCAGAAAAAGAGAAUCAAAUUAAUCUUUAGGCUAAUAAUCAAACUCAAUUAAUAGAUGAUUUAAAUAAUUUAAAAGAUAACUUAGAAUCUUCUGUCAAGUAUUUAGAAUAAAAAGAAUCACAACUAUUUAAUAAUCUUUAGAUGUUAAAUCAAUAAGAAUAAGAAACAUUAUAAAGAGUUGAACAUAUCAACUAAUUUAUUUCAAAUUCAAAUCAACAUUUAUCUAUGAUGGAAUCGAUAGAAUAAUUAUUCAAACAAAAAAACUUGAAUAUUGAAAAUGUCAAGUAAUCUGUAAUUUAAAAAUAAGAAGAAUUAUAAAUGUAUGAAUAACAAUUACAUUUAAAGAGUGUUUGUACAUCAUUGAAUGAAGCUACUUUUAGAAAAAAAGUUGCAUAAACUGAAAAAAUAAUUUAAAAAACACCUACUUAAGAAUCAAAUAAAAAGAGCGCCAUGAUAUCCAAUACAUGUAAUACAUUUUCAAAUCAAAAUGUGUAUAAAAUUUAACAAAAUAAAUUAAUUUCCACAAUAAGUAGCAGAGAAAAUAGUCCAAUUUCUAAUAGAGACUCAUUUAAAAUAAUUAGAAGGCCUUAUUUCUAAAAUUAGAUGCCUAUGUAAGAAAUAAAUAAUUUCGACAUUAAAUUUGACACUAUAAUAUAAAAUUGA